AAAGAGUGCAGAACGUGGGUGCGUGGGAGUCCAGACAGACCACAACAACAGAAGGACUGAUUUUCACCUUUGCCUUCAAUUCCACUAUUUGCUCGUCUUCAUCAUCUUCAACCAGGCUUUAACAGCUGGCUCAGAGAUGGCUGCCAGCACCGCAGCCACAACACUGCCUCCAGUGAAGAGUGUGGUGGUGUAUAGGAAUGGAGACCCCUUCUACAGUGGACGGAGGUUCGUGGUCAACCAGCGACAGGUGGCCACCAUGGAAGCCUUUCUGACUGAAGUGACCCAGAGCAUCGGUGCUCCGCUUGCCAUCAGGACCCUGUACACCCCCAGACAGGGCCACAGGGUCUCAGACCUCGAGGACCUUCAGACAGGAGCCCAGUAUGUUGCUGCUGGCUUUGAAAGGUUCAAGAAACUGGAUUACCUGAACACAGGAAUGAAAAAGCAUCCUGUUACCCGUGAAGAAACCCAGGCCAAAGUAACCCAGAGGCCAAAUGUCUCAGCCAAAUGGAGGAGGUUUAUACCUGUACCUUGCAUUUUACAUGUUUUCCGUAACGGAGAUCUCCUGUGUCCGCCAUUCCGAUUCAUCAUUCCUCGGAGCAUGCGGCAGGACCUGGAGCAGAUCCUGAGUCUGGUCACAGAGAAGGUCAGCUUAAGAACCGGAGCUGUGCGCAGGUUGUGCUCCAUGGAAGGAGCAACUGUGUCCUCAGCUGUUGAGCUGGAGUCCGGCCACUACUAUGUUGCCGUGGGAACUGAGAGGUUCAAGAAACUUCCAUAUGUGGAGCUGUUGGUUUCAAAAGUUACAGAGAGAUAUUACCCAGGAAAGAGAAGGCUGUUAAGGAGAAAUGAGAACAGGAAAGCAGGAAGCGGUCCAGAGGACCAGUACAGUGACUCAGCUCUCCUCGACUCCCCCGAGUCCGACGGUCGCAGGGUGAAGUCGACAGGAGAUGAGGCUGCAGGUCCAGCAGCCGCACAGCAGAGGAGCAGGAGAGAAGGAGCAGAUGAGGCCUCUGCUUUCUUCGCCAGGCCCGUCAAGAUCCGCAACAACAACCGACGACAGCCAAGACCCCCACUCAGCAAUGGAACUGUCCAGCCCAGCGUGUUUAAGAGAGCGGGGCGGAAGAGAAGAGAGGAGGUGCGAGGGGCCGAAGAAGUGCAUGAGGACGAAAACACAGCUACAGAGCUUCCUGUUGACCAGAGAGCUGCAGAAAUAGUGGAGGACGAGGAACUAAACAACCAGAAUGACCCUCUGCACAACACACAGCAGAGACACGCACAAAUUAUAAAGAGGGAGCAGCACAAUGAGGGAGAACACCUACACAAACACAAUGGAAAGCAGGCUGAAGAAGAUGGUGUGAAAGAGACAGAAACUUCUGUUAGGGAUGAGGAGCCUGCUGCUGAAACACUGGUGCCUGAGCUGAAUCAGACGUCUAUGAAGGCACAGCCUUUGUCACCCACCUCUGAAGGAAAGAACAGGGAAGAAAAGGAGAGCGCACAGGACACCCCUUCGAUUGCAGUAGAACAGAACCAUCACCAGGAGUGGUGAAAGAGCACAUUCAUCAAGGACCAUCGCACAGGCACGACAGUCACACAGGCGAAGCAGAUAACCCAGCCAUUACUGCUUCUAUAAUGACCUAUUCGGCUAAAUGAAUGUUUGAUUAAAUUGGUGUGACUUAAACUGUGGUAAUAAGCCAAGUAACAACAUUAAUUUGUGUCAAAAAAUGUGAACACUCAGACAAAAUAAGAACAAAACACUUACAGGAGAUGGACACGUCAUCAUAAACUCUAGUACGAUACAAUCCACGACAGUCUUCUGGCAUCAUAAACCUCACAAAGGUUGCGUUUGUUGUGUUUUACAGCAGUUUAUGAUAUUGUGUCCAACCUGUUCUUCAGUUCUGAUGCAGAUAUUGUGUAGAUGAUGCAACCUAUUCCAUGUAUGUACAUACAAAACAAUAUUUUGGGGCAUUUAAAGCGUGAAUGUAUUCUGAUUUGCAGAAAUCAAUGAUGGAGACAAUAACACAACGAGUCGUGUUUAGCCAACAAUUUAUUAAUAAAAUAUCAGCCACAUCACAAGCUGAAUAGAUGCAACAAUAGUAAAGUCAUCUGUACAGUGUUUUGUGUGAAUUAAAUACUGCGAGAAUAAAAGAUAUAUAUUACUAUGUA